AUGACGCAAGCUGUGCAUUUGUGGUCGCGUGAGUUUAUCUACAGACAUGACGCCACGUGGGCUUUGCACCUCCGGGCAGAUUCCAGUCCGCAAUUUAGCCGGGACUACCUGAUCAUCGAAUGUGAUUUUGUGGAUUUGGGCGACGUGUAUCCACUGAACCCAGAGACGGUCCUACAGCAGUUGACAUUCAAAACCCGUGUUCUACCAAUUCAGGUUCUUGGACGUAAAGCUACCUCAACUGCAUACAAGUUCAGGGCAGUCAUGCGGAGCCUGCAUUUGGAGAUUGGUGACACUGCUUUGGCAAGGUCACGUGCGGUUUCGUUUUUGAAUGACAUGGGGGUUGAGUCAAAGCUAGCUGUCCUUCCGGACAUGGAUGGGGAGGACAACCAUGACACCCCUGGACGGAGGGCAUUUCCAAACACUCUCCCACUUCACGACAUUGACCACUCUCUGCACCAUACCAUGGAGGAAUUGAAGGAAUGUUGGAUUCCGGAACUUUUCGACCUGUUUGACAAACAGCUCAACACCCUUGCAAAAUACUUCAGCAAAUCUGACAACCUGGAGAGGUUUCGCAAGCACUUCAUUUUCGAUAAUGAUAAGAUAGAAGGGGACCUGAGGAAAAGAAGUAUUGGCAAAAUGUUUGAGACACCUUGCCCAACCUUCAUCAAGCAUCGCUGGGAAUAUCGUUAUGAAGUUCUUACUUGGAUGGUACACCGUUCUCAGUUCCUUAUAUGGUUGCUGGAGCCUUCUUCUUUGCGUGGUAGAGAUGACCAGGGAGAUGGAUUUGGGGAUGAUUAUACCUUUUCUGAUGCUGAGAUUCGUUGCUUGGAAGUUCUGACAACAGACCAUGGCGCUGCUACUUUUUGGGCCCUUGCAUACUCACAACGCCUUCUUUGUCAGUGGGGUCACCAAGUUUCCAGUUGGCUUCAUGGCUGUCAUUGUCAUCCAACAGAGGAGGACCAUUAG